UGUGCAGGACGUGUUGCCUGCCCUGCCCAAUCCUGAUGACUAUUUCCUUCUGCGCUGGCUCCGAGCUCGGAAUUUUGACCUGCAGAAAUCAGAGGCCAUGCUCCGCAAGUACAUGGAGUUCCGGAAGUUCAUGGACAUUGAUCACAUCCUUGAUUGGCAGCCCCCAGAGGUAAUCCAGAAGUACAUGCCUGGAGGUCUGUGUGGUUAUGACCGGGAUGGCUGCCCCGUGUGGUAUGACAUCAUUGGGCCACUUGACCCAAAGGGCUUGCUCUUCUCCGUCACCAAGCAGGACCUGCUUAAGACCAAGAUGAGGGACUGUGAGCGCAUCCUGCAUGAGUGUGACCUGCAGACAGAGCGGUUGGGGAAGAAGAUUGAGACUAUUGUGAUGAUAUUUGACUGUGAGGGCCUGGGACUGAAGCACUUCUGGAAACCUCUGGUGGAAGUGUACCAAGAGUUCUUUGGCCUCCUUGAAGAGAAUUACCCGGAGACCCUGAAGUUCAUGCUCAUUGUGAAAGCCACCAAACUGUUCCCUGUGGGCUACAACCUCAUGAAGCCCUUCCUGAGUGAAGACACUCGCAGAAAAAUUAUAGUAUUGGGAAACAACUGGAAGGAAGGUUUGCUGAAACUCAUCAGUCCCGAGGAACUGCCUGUUCAGUUUGGGGGGACACUGACUGACCCAGAUGGGAACCCCAAAUGUUUAACUAAGAUAAACUAUGGUGGAGAGAUCCCCAAAUCCAUGUAUGUGCGGGACCAAGUGAAGACUCAGUAUGAGCACUCAGUGCAGAUCAACCGUGGCUCCUCACACCAGGUGGAAUAUGAGAUUCUGUUCCCAGGCUGUGUCCUCAGGUGGCAGUUCUCAUCGGAUGGUGCAGACAUUGGUUUUGGGGUUUUCCUGAAGACCAAGAUGGGGGAGCGACAGCGGGCUGGUGAGAUGACAGAAGUGCUGUCCAGCCAGCGCUACAAUGCCCACAUGGUGCCUGAGGAUGGGAGCCUCACCUGCUCAGAAGCUGGUGUCUAUGUCCUGCGGUUUGACAACACCUAUAGCUUUGUCCAUGCCAAGAAGGUCAGCUUCACAGUGGAGGUGCUGCUCCCAGAUGAGGGAAUGCAGAAGUAUGACAAGGAGCUCACCCCUGUCUAGGCAGCUCCUUCACUUCUCAGAGACCCCUAGCCCUCUCAUUUCUCUAUCUAUAUCCCACCCCCUCAGAAAUUGAUCAUUACUUCUCUUGACACUGUGAGAUUAGUGAGUAGAGAAAGAAAUGCCUUGGGGAAGACUUAUAUGCUGUGGUUAGAUCAGGAAAGUUAUGAGAGGCACAAUUUUAGAGGAUGCCAAGAUUGUAAAGAGGGAGAAACAAGGCAAAAGCAAGAGGAAAAUGUCACUGAAACCCAAGAAAUAGGAAAAUGAAUCCUUAGCUUUUGUCCUUACUUCUUCUAUGGC